AUGGAUACGCUGUGUCCGCUUGCCUACGGCUCGGGUCGGCCGGACCUGGCCGUUAUGUACUUGAAGCUAACAUUAAUCCUCCUGGCAAUAAUCACAAUCCCUAUCGCAGUAGGUUGGUGGCAUAGCCAAUAUAUUCUUCAAACACUGGUUUCUCCCAACAUCGCCGUGUUAAUCUCCAAAUACUUACGCGUCUCGUUGCUCGGCCUACCCGGCCAUGCGGGGUUUGAAACAGGCAAGCGCUUCCUGCAAGCUCAGGGGAUCUUCAAUGCACCCAUCUAUCUCCUUUGCUGCACGGUACCUGUCAACGUCGCUUUACAUUGGUGGUUGGUCUACCAGCAGCAGUGCGGCUUUAUCGGUGCACCAAUCUCAGCAGCUCUCUCCGACACGAUGCUCGGAGCGGGUCUUUUGGCAUACGUGAUUUAUUUCCAGAUCGGACGGACCAAACUCCAGAGCCGGUCGGUCAUCCGCGUAGGGCCGCACUGGUGGAAGCUGCUACGUCUUGCCUUGCCAGGGUCCAUUACGGUCCUAGCCAAGUACUUGACAUUUGAACUGUUGACCGUCGGGGCGGGAAAGAUUGAUGACAUCAGUCUGGCGGCGCAGAGCUUGCUCAAUGCGACAGUGGCAAUCGCCUUUCAGCUCUCAUUUGCAGUCGCGACGUCCGUGACUCUGCGUGUGGCAACCCUCAUGGGUCAGAAGCGCCCAGGGCGCACCAAGCUUCAGAUCAGGGUGGCCUUUGCCACUAUCACGGUGGUGGGGCUUCUCAACAUGGUUCUGCUUAUAACCUUGCGGUUCUGGAUUUCUCGUCAGCUGUCCACAUCGGUCGAAGUGCAGACCCUGGUAGUCCGGACCAUGCCCAUCUGCGCGAUCAUGCAGAUAUUCUACGCCACAGCCGAGUGGUCGAAUGGGGUCAUGAAUGGCCUACAAAUGCAGCAAACCGCGGGCAUUCUAUCCCUGAUUUGUCAUUAUACUGUGCGUCUGUCUCUCGGUCGAUUCCCUUCAUAUAUCUAA